CGCCGCUCAGCUGCUCGGUGAAAUCUACGUGGCUCGCAUUGCGUUGCUGGCCGGCAACAUCAAACGGCUGAGAGCCCAUGACAAAGAACAAUAAUAACAAGAUGAUGACAGCAACAACAACAACAACAACAACUGCAAAUGCCCAGGAUGUGGAGGCCAAGUUAAGAGAACUGCAGAAUUGGUUCGAAAACGAACCAAAUUUGCCCGAAAAAAUAGAGCCAAUUUCAUUGCUACGGUUUCUCAAGUGCGUGGAAUAUGACACAGAUAAGACUAAAGCCCUAAUCCAGUUGAACUACAGUCUGCGCAAUAAAAAUCCGAAUAUAUUCAUCGAUCGCAACAUGGACCAUGAAAUGACCGCCAAGGGUCUACGCGUAUCGGAUCUAAUCAUUCUGCCGGGCGUUACACCCGAUCGGCAUAAGCUGCUAUUAUUUCGCUUGGCAGACCUUGAUCCCAGAACGCGCAACUCUGUGGAGGAAAGCAAAAUCUUCUUUAUGAUGGCCGAUGCACGUUUCACCGAACCCGAUAUUGAAAGAUCGCCAGAUGAGCUGUCUGCUCAUGGUGCAGAAAAUCAUUCCGCCCACAUUUUUGAUGAUGACAUUGCUGAUGGCGACGUUCAGAUAGUUGAUAUCAGUGGCUAUACAAUGAGGCAUCUGGCCUAUGUAUCUAUCUUUGUGCUGCGCGUCUACAUGAAGUUUCUACACGAGGCAUAUCCAUCCCGUCUGCGCGCCAUACAUGUUAUAAAUUGUCCAUCGUUCCUGGACCGAAUGAUGGCCAUGAUGAAGCCAUUUAUCAGAGAGGAGGUCUACCAAAUGAUCAAUUAUCACACCGAAGGCAUGGACAGUCUCUAUGAACUGAUACCCCGGGAUAUGCUGCCCAUGGAGUACGGCGGCAAGGCUGGCACAGUUGAUGAAAUUAAGCAACGUUGGUUGCGAAUCCUUAAGGAAAAGACAGCCUAUCUCAGCGAUGAGAAAUACUGGAAGGUAACAUCGGAGAGUAAAAGUCGCUGGUCCUGGUUCUAAUGCCUAUGCAUAUAUACUUCGCUUUAGUGGAUUAUUACAGUUAUUACAGAGUUAUUGCCGCAAAUGUGAUUAUUAAUAACUUAAGUGCUUACAAUACAAAAUAUAUUUUUACACGUUGUAUGUAUAUGCAUAUUGUAAUGGGGUAAGCAAGCACUAUCCUUAGUGUUUGGUUUAAGUUUUUGCUGAAAUACAUAAUUUGUUCAACCAA